CCAGAAAAGAGAAGAACAUCCAAGAAACUUCAAGACAAUCAUACAUCCUCCCUUUAAAUACAACACACUCCUCCAUUCUCUCCCAUGAUUUACGAAAAUUUCUGUCUGAAACAUUCAACACCUGUUCCCAACUCUUUGGAAGCAUGUCGUCCCUCAUUUCUCAACUGUGUGUUGAUGAAAUUUUUGACCCUUUUCUUUCAAUGAUCAACAAAUGUCCAGUUCUCAACACCCCAACAGAUUGGAAAGAGACCCCAGAAGCCCAUGUCUUCAUAUCUGAUCUCCCUGGUCUGAAGAAAGAGGAUGUGAAGGUGGAGGUUGAUGAAGGGAGAGUGCUUCAGAUAAGUGGAGAAAGGCCUUCGGCGGACAAAGAUGGCGAAAAUGAUAAGUGGCAUAGGGUCGAACGUUGUCGGGGGAAGUUUCUGAGGAGGUUUCGGCUGCCGGAAAAUGCUAAGAUUGAUCAAGUGAAAGCUUCCAUGGAGAAUGGAGUGCUUGUUGUGACUGUGCCUAAAGAGGAGGUUAAGAAACCAGGGAAGAAGGUGAUUGAGAUCAACUGAAUUUUCAUGUCUAUGCCUACGCUAUAGUGUGUGUGUUAAUUAUAUAUAAAAUUAAAAUGUAUGCAAAUUAUGAAUAAAGUCUUUUUUUUCAUAUAUAAA